CAUGUUCUGUGACAACACAGUUAACCACAAAGGAGCCUUCUGAUGGAGGACUGAUCAUUUGCGGUUCCCAGAGCGUUCGCACUGCUGGACUGAUUUGUUCUCUCUACAAAUGUGUGACCUUGUUAGCUGACUUGAAUCAACUCUGUCUCAGGGCUCCAAGCAGAGGAAGAGAUGUCAGGAGAAAGCGUGGUGAGCUCGGCGGUGCCAGCGGCUGCGACUCGCACCACUUCUUUCAAAGGGACCAGUCCAAGCUCCAAGUAUGUGAAGCUGAACAUAGGUGGUGCUCUCUACUACACCACCAUGCAGACCCUAACCAAGCAGGACACCAUGCUCAAGGCCAUGUUUAGUGGCCGGAUGGAGGUCCUCACUGACAGUGAAGGCUGGAUUCUGAUCGACCGCUGUGGGAAACAUUUUGGGACGAUACUGAACUACCUGCGUGAUGGAGCUGUGCCACUCCCUGAGAGUCGCAGAGAGAUAGAAGAGUUGUUGGCUGAAGCCAAGUACUAUCUGGUCCAGGGGCUGGUGGACGAGUGCCAGGCAGCCUUGCAGCAGAACAAAGAUGCAUAUGAACCAUUUUGUAAGGUACCAGUGAUCACUUCUUCCAAGGAAGAGCAAAAGCUUAUAGCCACUUCUAAUAAGCCAGCAGUGAAGUUGCUAUAUAACAGAAGCAACAACAAAUAUUCAUAUACCAGUAACUCUGAUGACAACAUGCUGAAGAACAUUGAGCUAUUCGAUAAGCUGUCCUUGAGGUUUAAUGGGAGAGUGCUCUUUAUAAAAGACGUGAUAGGAGAUGAGAUCUGCUGCUGGUCUUUUUACGGGCAGGGACGGAAGAUUGCUGAAGUCUGUUGCACUUCCAUUGUUUAUGCUACUGAGAAAAAACAGACAAAGGUGGAGUUCCCAGAAGCCCGCAUUUAUGAGGAGACACUGAACAUUCUGCUGUACGAGUCCCAGGACGGGCGAGGACCUGACAAUGCGCUCUUAGAAGCCACAGGAGGGGCAGCUGGCCGCUCACAUCACUUAGAUGAAGAUGAGGAGCGAGAGCGCAUUGAAAGGGUGCGACGAAUUCAUAUCAAACGUCCAGAUGACAGGGCACAUCUGCAUCAGUGAGCUGAGCGACAGCUGCGGACUGCACAGUCCUGUCUGGAAGGCGCUGCCCUCGCCUGAUCCACUGUCUACAGUAAAUGACCAGGCAGCUUAACUUCUAUUCAGCGAAGUCUGUAAAUUAUGUUUUGUAACAAACUAGAGUAUUUGGAGUAUUUAAGUGAAGUAGUUUUAGAACAAGAAUAAAAAAGGUUAUUGGGCAUAUGAUAGAUAUUGUAAGGUCCUGUUGAGCAUCUGGAGAAAUGCCCUGAAUUUUUAGCACACUCAUCUUUGCUAUUGUAUGGCUAGUGAGGAAGAGGGCUGGUUUCCUUCAGCUUCAGUAAUUAUCCUGCACUUAAAAAAAAAAAAAAAAAAAAGAAGAAAGGAAAAGAAAGAAAGAGUCAGUCAGCCAGCCACAUCAUACCUUCCCUCUAGGCACUCACUGACCUUGUCUGUCCCCUCCUGGGCCUUACGGUGUGCGAGAAAUGCCAUUUUCUAAACAAACCAGAGCUAUUGUAGAAUUCUCUCUCCUCCAAGCUGGUAGAUGAUAAGGUUGGUAGCUCCAGAGUACCUCAGUGUGACUUCUGGAAGGACAAAUGGCAAGUGCUGGCGAGAUUCCUGUAGUGCUUGGGGGCAGAAGGAGCCUGUGCAAUGCCAGGCUGCGUUGGUGGAUGUGCUCUCAGGGCAGAUGGAAGGGAGCACGAGGAACGGUCUGGGCUCAACUUGACAGGCAGGUGGCUGUGUGCUCCCAGCAGCUCCCGGGACCUGCCCUCGAACGGUUCAGUGAAACUCCUGCAGCACUGAACUGUGGAGACCAAUCCCUGCUUUAUUGGUGCAGUUCAUGGGUGGAAGAUGUUAAAAUUCCUCCAGCAGAAGCAAAUUGUAGUUGAUUGCUUUUCCUUAAAGGUGGUGUUGCUACCAACUAGUCAGUGCUUAAUACCUUUGCUUCACCCUAGAUCUCAGUUGGGGCGUUUAUUUUCCAUCAGAUUCUGGAUCUGUGAGCUGAGCUUUCUUUACCUAUGACAAACAUUGUAAGACUUCAUCACAGGUUGCUAACACUCCAUGCAAGCCUGGUGUAAGUAGGAGGCCAGUGGAUGUAUUUCAAGUUCUGUAACUGCUACAGGAGCAUUGUCUUGCUUUGAGUGAGGGCAGCAAGAUCGCUGUGGGGAAGAGGAACAGACAGUGGCACAGAGGGAGUUAUUCCUUGUUUGUCUCUAUCCUGAGCAUAUUCCAAAUCUCUUCAAGGAAAUGGCAGCUGUGUGUGAAAGGGCAGAGCUAAGAUGUUGCGUGAAAAACUAUAUUCUAGUUUUCUAAGAGUACUUUUCUAUUAUAAAUUAAUAUUUUAUCUACCUCCUAGUCUCUUGUUGCCUACUAUGGAGUCAAGUAGCAAGAUCAUGUAUUAUUCAAUGGGAUUGGAUGCUGAAGGAUAAUGAGAAGAGCCACAACUGUAAUGGUUAAUAUAACAAAUCUUGGGAGGGAGAAAACAGCUGCAGUAGCAAGCCUUAAACUUAAGUCAGGGUGACACCUUGGCAAAUACCAAGUUAUUUUUGCCCAUUAUAGAGUUUUUUGAAUCUUCAUCUGGAAUAUUUAGGCCUGGCCUUAAUGACCAGACAUCCCAUACAGAGUUGCAACUUCAUGUUCCUGUUAUUCAGUGAAGUGGUUGGUUGCUUUUGUCAAACUUCCUGCUGCAAAGACUCCUAUUCUUGACUCAAAACUAAUUAUGGUAUAUUAACACUUUAAAUACCAAAGGUGUUGUCAGCAUCACCAGCUGUGUUAUGCCAGGACUUGUAUUUCUAAUAGUGGUAUACAGUGUAUAGCCUGUCUUCAGCAGCUAAAAUAAAGCAUUAGACCUUUUGUUUGCUCAGUGGUACAAUUUUGGAGCAUUGUGUGAAACUUUAAAAAAAAAAAAAAUUACAGUUAGGUUGAGGACUUCCUUCUAGUGACCAAAGAAUCUUCUAGUUAAAGACAGCUGGUGUCUAUGUGGCAGAUGUGGUCAUUGUACCUGUCUACAGUUUUUCUUCAGAUACCGAUUGAUAUGUAAGAGCUCAGCAGGAAAUGAAGUGUCAGUUAUACGGUAGUUUAGUAGCUUGAGCUAUGUCCUGACAGUUCUGGGCUUCUAUUUUAGCUGUACUGAUGUUUGUGUUUGUCACUGAUAUGACACGUCUUAGGUUUGUGGAAGUUCACAGUGCAGAUUGUUGUUGUAAAGGAUCCGAUGCCUCUCCCUUCUUACAGGGGGAGGCUGAGUGGAAGGCAAGUCCUCUGAAUUGCUGUCUCUUCAACACUGUGUGCUUUGACACUUACUUACUGGCAUAUUAAUGGGCUCUCCGUGGGUUUCUGAGAGCCUGUGACUGACCUGCUGUGCUCGGUGUGCUGUACUGUUUAAAGCCAUUCAAAGUCCCUUGUCUCAGCCGUCCAUCUGUGCUCCUGCAGGAUGUUAGAGAAUGAAAAGGAAGCACUGUCUGCUUAUUGUAGAACACAGUUAUAGUCUGGAGAGCAAACCCUGCUUGCUUAAAUGCUGUAACAGUGGCUCCGUCCUGUAAGAUAUGAGUGCUGGACCAUCUUUGUCCUCCUGCUCAGCUGGAGAUUUAGCUGUGCCAAUUUCCCCAGAUGGUGCAGAGGAGACUCCAGCAACCCAGCAGUAGUUUUCAAACAUCGUCUAGUAGCUCAUUGUAGUGUAAUAGCAGGUUUGGCUCUAGGAGUUGAAGUGUGUUGACACCAGCACUAAGUACCUGACAGAUCACACCUAAAUGAUUAAUUUCUCUGUAAAUAGUUUCUUAACUGGCUUCAGCAUUUCCUCUUCCAGUUUUUACAAACUUAGUUCUUAAAAGGGGGAGGAAGGGUGAUUACCUUUAUAGUCUUCAUAUAGUUGUUUGUAGAAGUAUUGUUCAUUUUAAUAAGUCACUCCAGGAGAUUUGAGGCACAGGCUGGAUAAAUUGGAAAUUGUGUUGAAUUUAUGGACAAAAGCUCUGCCUUAACACACUCCUAAUUUAGCCCUCUAAUUGCUGUCGUUGUGUAAUAGAGAUGUACUGUUGUCAUGUGUUACAACAUCCUUUGCUGAGUGGCCAGUUGCCCUUGGUACAGGUUUGACUGUUCUGUCAAGGGAGACUUAGUGCACAAAACCAGCUCCCAUAGCCAGUUAAUGCCGUUGCACAACUGCUGUCAGAUCUUGAGCCUUUUUACUUUAAAUGGUUUUGCCUCUGUGGCUUUUUCGUUGAAGACAGGCUAGUGAACAGCUAUCCCAGUCACAAGCAGCUCUUAGCUUAUCUAGUACUGUGUGACAUUAACAGCGCAUUUGAUUCAUGCAUAUUACUCUCCAGAACACGCACUAAUACUAACAGUAUGGCAGAGCAGACUUCACUAAAAUCUUACUCACUGAAGUGCUUUUAUCCUUUAAAGGGAAGCAGAAAACCUUGCCUCAAGACUGCAGCUUGUGACAGUUAGGGCUGCAGGGCAGGCAGGAGUAAUCACCAGCCCCUGGCUUAAAGGUAGGUUGGAUGUGUUUACACUCAAGUACAUCAGUGUUGCCAUAACACCACAGAGCAGCUGCAUCUGUAUUUUACACGGAGGCCCAGGCAGGUUCUGGGGUCCAUGCUGGGCUCCCCCUGCUGCAAGACACUGCCAGUUCAAAGCCAUUGUAUAUGUUUCCAAGCUCUGGUCUUCCCUUUAAUGAAAGGGCAGGUAAAAUCUUUUUAGUCUUAACAGAAUUGCUCCAUUUCAUGGACAAUAGUAGCAAGUUCAUCUGUUCUAUACAAUCAUUCCCUACCAUUUUAUACUUAUGCACAAAAAAGCUUAUGUGGGAUAUUAAUGUAUGGUUUGUGUUUCCAAUAUGUACUUUUCAUUUUUUAAUAUAAUGCAAAAUAAAUUAGAAAUUUCAUAUUUA